AUGCAUUUCCCCCUCCCCCUCCCCCUCCCCCUCCUCCUCCUCACAACACUAACCCUAACCACCACCACCACCACCGCCCAAUACCUCAAAGACAUCAACCCCAUCGCCGUCGACUACCCCGUCCACGUCGACUUCGUCCCAGACUCCACCCACCUCGCCGACCUCGAAUCCCCCAAACUAUCCGAAGUCAACACCACCGUCUUCGAAUGGUGGUACUUCGACGCCAUCUCCUCCACUAACCCCAACGCCUCUAUCGUCCUCACCUUCUUCACCACCACCGCUACUGCAUUCCCUGCCGUCCCGCAAAACCUCUCCUCCGUCCUGCUCACCUACGUCUGGGCGACCUUGCCAAAUGGCACCACUGUGUCUCAGAAUAUCGUCCCCAUCGAUGCGUCGGUGAUGGGCGAUCGGGAUGUCAGUUCCGGGGGGUGGGAAGGCACGGGUGGUUGGGCGGGUAGGGAAUCGGGGUAUGAGGCGUGGGUGGGGUGGGAGGGAGGGAGGGUUAGUGGGAGGAUGGUGUUUAGGGAUCUCGCUCCGCCACUUCUGCCCUGCUCGACGCCUCAGCAGACGAAUCGGGCGUUGGGGAUCGGUGAGGGUCUGGGAUGGGUGAGUAUGGUGCCGGAUUCGCAUGCUAUGGUGGAUUUGGUGGUCGAUGGGGAGAAGGUGCAGUUUAUGGGGUUUGGGUAUCAUGAUAAGAAUUGGGGCAAUCGCCCGUUCCAGAAUACCGUCAAGAGAUGGUCCUGGGGCCAUGUGCAUAUUGGACAGUAUGCGUUGGUGUGGUUGCAGUACACGCCUCGUACGGGGGCAGAUAACUCCACCACGCCGAUUGUGAGCGCCUAUCUGGCCCGUGAUGGGAAGGUCUUGCAGUCGGGCUGCCGUAACAGCAUUAUCAAUAUCAUUGAGAGGAUGACGGCGAGUAGCUACGGUGUGGAUGUGGGGAUGGACGAUGUGGAGCUGCGGAUCCAAGGGACUGUGGAAGUAGCUGGUGAUGGGAAGAAUUAUUUCCGGUGGAAUGGGGUUGUUUUCGGGACGGUUGAGGGUCAGAAACUGGAUGGGGGAGUAGCUGUGUUUGAAGGGUUCAGGUUGUAGUAGUAGUAGUAGUUGUUUCAACAAGUUGUAGCUGGAAUGGACACAUUCG